AUGCCCAAGUUCUACUGCGAGUAUUGUGACAUGUUCCUGACCCACAGCGGUCUCACUGGCAGAAGGCAGCACUUGACAGGCCGGCGCCACAUCAACAACAAGAUUGAGUAUUACCAGAUGCUGAUCCGCGAGAAGGGUCUGACGCCCCCCAUCUACCCCCCGCCUCCGGGCAUGGUCUUGCCCAUGCCCAAGCUGCCGGCGGCCGCGCCGAAGCCGGGGCCCACCCUUGGCAUGCCGGGCCUGCCGGGCAUGCCCACCAUGCCCAAGCUGCCUGGGAUGCCGACCCUGCCGGGCAUGGGGGUCACCGGGCUGCCAGGGCUCAUGCCCGGCAUGCCGAAGAUGCCGGGAAUGCCGGGAAUGCCCGGCGCUGUAUACGAGGAGUUUUGCGGCAUCAACGAUGAGCGGGCGCUGAUGCACCAUCCCGUCACCGACGUCCUCAAGCUCCACAAGACAUCUUCCAGGCGAAAUCCGCACUUCGAGCAGUGGGCGCUGUGCUUGGCAGCGGCCCGUGGAGACGUCCAAGGCCUUAUGCAAUGGAUUGAUCACGGUGAUGUGGAUUGGCGAGAUCCUCCUCCCAGUGAACGAGGCACUGCUCUCAUGUACGCGGCCGCGGGCGGCCAUGCCGAUGUUGCGAUGGCCCUUGUCGAGGCUCAGGCGUGCCCUGCUUUUAUGGACGCCAAGAACCGAAGGCCCUGCGACCUGGCCUUGGAGGUGGGCGCCAAAGCUCUGGCCCAGCAUUUGGAGCGCUUGGCGGAGGCGUGGCUGCGCGAGCACCCAGGGGCCGAUGUGAAAGCAGAGCCCUGGCAGAAGCCUUCGGACUGGCUCGAGGCAGCGCCGGAGGUGGAUGAGGGCGGCAGGCCCCUGGGCAUGCGCGCCGCGGUGCGCGCCAAUGCUCUCAAGGGAAACAAGGGCAAGAGGAAGCUCAUUGUGGAGGUGAUCAGAGCAGAGCACCUGGCCAGCAGCAUUUUCCACUUCAAUCUCGACCCCUUUGUGAAGGUGCGUAUCGGCCAGGAGGUGCAGCAGAGCGCGUUGUCCGAGGGCGCUAGCCCCGUGUGGAACGAGAAGUUCGAGUUCUGGGUGCAGGGCACUGAGGUCCUUAUCUUCUCCGUCUGGGACUGGGACGAUGGCGGGACUGAGGAGCACGACUUCAUGGCCCGUGCGGAGCUGCCAUUGAAGCACCACGUCAAAGAGCUGUACAAGGGCCGCAAGGUGGAGCUGGAGCUGGAGCUGGGGAACCAGAUCAGCGAAGAUCCCGGCAGCAUCUUCGUCAACCUGCAGCUGGCGGAGUC